UGAAUUUGGUGCUGUAGAAAUAAAUAAAGCUGUGGACAGUACCUACAACAACUACCAAUCACCCCCAUAGUUGAAGAUAUUUAAAACAUCAAGCUUAUUAAAACAUAAACAAAGAUAGGAGUAUCAUUUUGUGGUAACAAAUUAAAUCAGUUAUAAUAAUACUGAACAUAUAUAAAGGAAAGAAGAUGUUCCAAAAAAAUCUUUAUAAUAUAAAGGAAAUAAUUCAAUUUCAAGCACUACUCUAUUACCGAACUUAGAGCUUUAAGGAGAGUGGUGGGAGAUAUGUUAAGGGUUUACAUAUUUAUGGAAAUAAUUUUUUUCUAUAUUCUAAAAAAAAUCAAACAAAAAUUGAAGGGAAACUGCAAUAAAUAUAGACUGCAACUAGCAAAUUAAAAAAUAAUAAUUAAGGAGUAUAUUUCAUUUAUAAAGGGAGGAGAAGAAGGACUCGAAAGAGAGAGAAAACAGAUAGAAGAAGAAGAAGCUCUUUCUUCCCUCUACCCACGUUGAUAUAUGCCCAGAAACGAAGUCCCCCUGUUUUCAAAUCCCUAAUUUCAAAGUCUUUUUCUCUGUAGCUCUUGUGUUUAUAAGAAGUAAUCUCACAUAUUCUCUUCCUCAUUAUCUUUUACAUUCUUCUGUCAACACCAUUUCUUAACCGGGUCAGGGGAUGCUUAUGCUUAUCUAUCGGUCUUUGCAAAAGAUUAGUUCGUGAAAUCAAGGAUCUCUCUAUCUACUCAUUCUAUAUAAACAAUGGGCGAUGGUAGUAGCCUCAAGAGAACCAAGCGUUCAUGGCCCAGAGCAUUGGUUAAGAAAUGGCUCAACAUCAAGAGCAAAGCAGAAGAUUUCCACGCAGACGACCGAGACGUUUACAAAGGUGAAUGUGGAGACUGGAGUAACAAUGUCAUUGAAAGAGAAGAAGCAUGCUCUGUUAACAAGAAAAGCAACUAUGCUGAGACUGGGUGUAGAAGAAAUAAUGGAAGAGGUAGACGAAACAGACAGGAAUUAGAUUCAGCACCACUAGUUAAACAAGUUCAUAAUCUCAGGUACUUAUAUUUCUCUUGUGUCUCUUUGCUUUUUUGGGCAAAUUCUUUUCCUCUAAGACACGUUGUUCACAUCAGGGUUUUUACUGCUACCUGGAAUGUCGCCGGAAAAUCUCCUCCGAGUUAUCUGAAUCUCGACGAUUGGCUCCACACCUCCCCUCCUUCCGACAUUUACGUUCUUGGGUUCCAAGAGAUCGUUCCUUUGAACGCCGGCAACGUUUUGGGCACAGAAGACAACGGCCCGGCCAGGAAAUGGGUUUCUCUCAUCCGAAGAACCUUGAACACUCUCCCUGGCGGAGGAAGCUGCCGGACCCCUUCCCCUGUUCCCCACCCGGUCGCCGAGCUCGACUCCGACUUCGAAGACGCAAACUCCUCGUUCUAUCAUCGGAGGUCGUUUCAGUCACUUAGCAAGAGCCUGAGGAUAAACAACUUUGACAUGUCAGCAGCAUCCAUGCAGCAGCCACAUCUUGACCGGAGGUUUAGCGUCUGUGACCGUUUCAUGCUGGGCCACGAUUCCUACGACCAAAGCUUCAGGUAUUGCUCCUCCGAGGACGACGUCGACGAAAAUGUGCAUGACUCUAAUUCUCCGUCCUACGAUCAAUAUUCUGCUGUCUCGAGGAGUGGAUCUUUUGUGACAGAGGAGAGAGACAAGUCUAAGUAUUGUUUGGUGGCUAGCAAGCAAAUGGUUGGGAUAUUCUUAACUGUUUGGGUGAAGAGUGAUCUAAGGGACAGUGUCAAGAACCUCAAAGUUUCUUGUGUAGGAAGAGGCUUGAUGGGCUAUCUCGGAAACAAGGGAUCGAUUUCGAUCAGCAUGUCAGUACACCAGACUAGCUUCUGCUUUGUGUGCAGCCACUUGACGUCUGGUCAGAAAGAAGGUGACGAGCUGAGAAGAAACUCCGACGUUUUAGAGAUUCUAAGGAAAACCAGAUUCCCUAGAGUGAACAACGCAGGGGAGGACAAGUCUCCCCAAACGAUUUUAGAACACGAUCGAGUAAUCUGGCUUGGAGACUUGAACUACCGUAUAGCUCUUUCUUACCGGUGUACAAAGGCUCUUGUCGAGAUGAGAAAUUGGAGUGCCUUGCUUGAGAAAGACCAGUUGCGGUUAGAACAACGUAGAGGUCGUGUCUUUGAAGGAUGGAAUGAAGGGACCAUCUAUUUCCCACCGACUUACAAGUACUCUAACAAUUCAGAUGUAUAUGCUGGUGAUGAUCGUCUCACCAAGGCCAAAAGACGGACUCCAGCUUGGUGUGAUCGCAUACUCUGGCAUGGUAACGGACUUAGUCAGCUGUCGUAUGUUCGCGGGGAGUCAAGGUUCUCAGAUCACAGACCAGUCUACAGUUUGUUUUCUGUAGAGAUUGAAUCGGUAUAUAGAAACUACAAUAUCAAGAAAAGCUCUAGGGUUGAAGUUGAGGAACUUCUUCCUCAACGGUAUGGAUACGCUGAGCUUAGCCUUUACUAAUUCAUUAUCACGAGACAAGGGAGGAUUCAACAUUUCUAAAGCCUGAAAAGAAAAGAAAAAUGGGGUUGGUCAAGGUCUUCCAUGUUUUUUCGGUUGGGAACAGGGGAAGAAGAUUCGAGUGGAAAGCGAAGUAAGUAAUUAAUAUAGCUUUUUAGCUGAACAGUUCCUUAUCCUUUAGGAUUAUAAAGAGUGGACCAGUUUUGUGCACUUCGAACCAUUAGUUUCUCCACAGGAUGUAGUGUAUAGAUAUAUGUGUUUGCAACUUUGCAUGUACAUCUUAUUGAUUCUUUUGUAAUGACCAAUGUGUUUCAAAUUGGAAAAUCUCAGUUUCAGUCU